AUGCAACCCCCUCUGCCCUCCGCCACGCCGACAUGGCACAACGACACCUACGAUGCCAUAUCCCCCUCCCGGCCGGAGCUGAGCGCAGCGGGGAAGACGGCCGUCGUGGUCGGAGCGGGGAGCGGAAUUGGCCGAGAGACUGCCCUAGCGUUUGCUGCUGCCGGGGCGGCCCGAGUCAUUCUUCUUGGCCGCUCAGAGAGCGCGUUAAGCACCACCAAAUCCUCUCUGCCGCCGUCUGUUCAGUCCGAGACGUUCGUGACCGAUAUCACGAGUGAGGAGACGUUGAUCAAGGUGGCAGCCGCGAUCGGCAAGUGGGAUAUUCUUGUCCUGACCGCUGGCUACACCUCGCCCCCGUCCACCAUCGCGGGGUCCACCUCCGACGAAUGGUGGCUGAACUUCGAGACGAACACCAAGGGCACAUACCUGGUAACCAAGUCGUUCCUGCCCACGGCUAACCCCUCACAUGCGUCUGUCAUCGCUUUGACGACCGGCACCACGGCACUGCCGGUGUCCAUGGUGCCCGGCCUGUCGCCGUACAUGGCGUCCAAGCUGGCGCAGACCAAAAUCGUCGAGUUCCUCGCGGCGGAGAACCCGAAUCUGUUCGCCGUCAAUCUGCACCCGGGCAUGGUAGAGACCGACAUCUUCAAAAAGAGCGGUGCCAAGGCGGAGGCCCUGCCGAUGGAUAAAGUCCAACUCCCCGCCCAUUUUGCUGUGUGGUUGACCAGCCCGGAAGCUGCCUUCCUGAACGGACGCUCGGUCUGGGCCAACUGGGAUGUGGAGGAGCUCAAGAAGAGUGCGAAAGCGAUUGAAGCUGGCCCGCUCUACACCAGCGGCAUCAACGGGUGGCCAUUUUCCCCUCUCGCUUGA